GUGGGUGUGGUUUAAUCUCGGCCCCUCAGAAAUUCCUCUCCAUUUCUCUCUCUGUCUCUCUUUCUCCCCCUCUCUCCUGGUAGCCCCUACCCCACUCAUUUUGUUUGUAUAUAUUUCCUCGUAGAAUAAGCUCCUAUUGCUCCCCACGGCUCUAAGAGGAGGGAACAGGCAGUACUGUAUCCCUCAGUUUUAUUAUAUUUGGCAGAGUCAGUGUCUGUCUGAUUAUUUGUACCAGUCAAUAGAAGAAAACAAAGUAACGGAGAGACACAAUAGAUAAGCAUCAAUAACACUGACUCUCUACAAUAAUCAAUUGUACAGUGAUGUCAGCUGAAACCUCUACAAUUGUUGCUCAGUUCAAGUACGAGUACCAGUAUGAAGGAAAGACCAUAUCCUUUAAGAAAGGAGACACAUUCCAGCUCCUGAAUACCUCAAACACUGACUGGUGGCAGGUGAGACGAUGGCUAGACAAUGGAACAUGCGAGACGCUCUAUGUUCCUGCAAACUACAUGAAGAAGGUUGAGAAAGAGGUGGACCCUUCUUCGUCACACGUUUAUCAGAACAUGUCCGACCUUCAAGCAGAGUAUAAAAGAGCCAAAUCACAAAUGAAUACCGAGACUAGUAAGAGUGAGAGUAUGCCACGCCCAUCAGGGAGGGGAGGGGCUGGGAAGAAGUCACCUCCAAAGACCAGCCCAAAACUAGUCCGUACCAAGUCAACAGGUAACGCCAUAGAUCCACCCACUGGAGGGGAACCUGCUAACGGAAUCAACAAGCCACAUUCACUGGUCAAUAAUGAGCCGGAGUAUGCAAUACCUGUGUCACCGGGGCUGGCUAGGAAAGGGUUAAAGAAAGAAGAGGGUGGAGUGAUAGCUGGUCCUAUUUCAAAGGAGAGGAUCCAGGGGUAUGCCCUACCAGUGAAGAAAAGAACACAAUCAGUUGAUCUAUUGGAAGAUGAGGGCGGGGCUGGAGGUGGGGCUGGGAGCGGACCCCCCAGGAAAUCAGUUCCCACAAUAUUAGAGAGUGACAACGUGAGACAACAGCUGGAAUCAUCUUUUACAAAACAAUUAGCUAGUGCUAUAUCAGGAGGCAAUCACCCAAUACUUGGAGGAGGUGGAGCUGCCCCACCCACUGCUGGUGGGAAUAAACUAGUCCCUGCUCCCAAACCAAAACCACGAUCGUCCUCUCGGCCCAAGUCAUACUGCAUAGACAGUGAGGAGAGACCUGCGGAGGUCAGCACUUUUAAAGCUACCAACACGUUUGGAGUUCCUGUCACUGAAGAACAAGAGCUGGCCACACCUCUAGCCACACCUUUUUUAUCCACGAGUAGAGAAGCUCCUCCGACUGCUAGGAAGUCUUACAAGCGACAGGCUCCCCCUGCCCCUGUACCAGCCCAACCACAACACGAGUAUGACCUACCACAAGUUAAGAAUAAGCCCACAGAGUCUCCUGCUGGGUUGAUCCCUAAGUCAUUUCAGAUCCCCAACCCUCUUAGCCUAUCACAGGGACCUCCCCUCAUAGCCACCUCCUCCCCCACCCCCUCCCCUGUGUCCCCCCUCCCUGACGGCUGGACAGAGCACAAGACCACUGAUGGGCGGGUCUAUUACCAUAACUCACUAACCAAUGAAUCUACGUGGACUGUACCAGCAGUGACCACACCCACCACUACAGCCCCGCCCCCUCAGUCUGGAACCAAUGAACCAAGAGAUAGGGUGGCCCCCAGGGGGUGGACGAAGGAGAUUAAUUCAUUCACUCAGGUUCCUGUGUAUACCAACUGCAGGACAGGAGAGAAGUGGGGGCUGGGUAAAGAUGAUCAAGGUUAUUAUUAUUAUAACACAAGUGACUCUAGCAUACGAUUAAAGGACCUGCCAGUAGUUGAUCAUUACCCACCUGCUUCCACAGUGGAGCCAUCAAGAUCUCAAUCGGACAUUGUCUAUGACCACCUCCUUCCUUCAGCAACCUCUUCACUUGACCAUCACAAGAGAGUGAGGACAGUGUCUGAGGAUGACGGUAUUGGGGGUGUGUCAGGGGGUGUGGCCGCUCCUUUGGCUAAUAUCAGAGAACAUGCUAAGUUGGACUCACGGAGUUCCCUCCCAGUGGGGGGAGUGUCCAGUCAGGAUGUGGAUAUACUCUCAUCAAGAUUAACGUCACAUAAGAAGCAAGGGUACCUCCAUAAGAAGAGACUGGUAGAAGCUGGUGGAAAGAAAAUCAAGAAUGAUAAAUGGUUGAAGCAGUGCGCUGUUCUUGAUGGAAACACUUUAACUUUUUACGCCGACCACAGAACAAAGGACAACCCUGGUGUUAAACCUUAUGGUGUGUUUCAGCUGGUCCAAUCAGUGCUGAGUGCAGCAACUCCUAAAGAUAAAAGAAAAAAUGUUAUUUUAGUAACAUCAACUGUAUCCAGUGAACAGUUUUACUUACAAGCUGAUUCAGCUCCAAUGUUUAAUGACUGGUAUGCAUCAAUACAGGCAGCGAUUGACCUCACCAAUGACGACUGUAAGAAGAACCCCAGUAAAUACAGUGCUUUCCUUAAAGAGGCGUCUGACGGGUCCCCGCCCACUCAAUUAAAGUUUCCUAAUAGAAAGGAAAGUUUACCUAGAGGCAUUGAUGAAGAUGACGUGUUGGAUGAUUAUGAAUCUUACACUGGAGCUGAGAAAACAGUUCGUAUCAAAGGUAGACUAAAGAACCUCAUAGCUCGAAGGCCUCAAGUGGAACUGCUCAAGAAAACAGGAAUAAUGCAAGAGAGCGUUUUUGGUUGUGAGUUGACAAGUCUUGUUGAGAGGGAGAGAGGGACAGUCCCCAAGUUUAUGAUACACUUCAUCCAACACAUUGAGAGGAAGGGACUGGAAACUGUUGGACUCUAUCGACUCUCAGGGAAUGCUGCCCAAGUACAGAAACUGAGAUACCUAGUGGAGGAAAAACCAGAUGUUGACCUUAGUUCCCCCGAAUGGGCUGAUGUCAAUAUAAUAACAGGAUGUCUUAAACUCUACCUCAGGGAACUACCUGAUCCUAUUAUUCCUUUCCGCCAGUUUCGGUCUCUCAUCGAUGCAGCAAGAACACAGCCGGCAGAGAAGAGGUUACUGGCAAUUAGAAGUGAAUUGGAUAAACUACCAGAGGCUCACUACCAGACACUGAAGACACUUGUCAUUCACUUAAGGAAGGUUGUUGAGCAUGGUCAUGUGAACAAGAUGCUAUCAACUAAUGUAUCCAUUGUCUUUGGUCCUACUCUCAUGAGAGCUGAGGUUGACUCAAUAGAGAUGGCUACUCUAAUGCCAGUACAAAAUAACAUUGUGGACACUUUUCUGACUGAGACUAGCAAAGUCUUUAGUAAAUGAGGUUUCGUAUUUACCAGGCAAUUAUUAUUAUUAUUAUUAUUUUAUUAUUAUUAUUGUUGUUAUAAAGAGCAAUGUGUUAUUAUCUCACAAUUAUUAUUAUUAUUAUUAUUA